AUGGACUUGUUCGAAGAUUUACCGGAGCCUUCAGCUCCUGCAAAGGAGGACAAACUCGGCUUGAAUGACUCAAGUGCUCAUCAUCCAGUCGUGGGCCUAUCCUCUGGGUUGUUUGAUGAUCUGCCAUCGGUGGCUGCUGUUAAUCCAGACAAUGCCGGUAGUGUCAUUGGCAUGAAAAGGAAAUCAGCAUCUGAUGAUGAUGACUUAUGUCAAAACAAUAAAAUGAAAUGUGUUGAUGGUGCAGGCUGCUACAAACUCUGUGGUUACUUCGCGUGUCGAAAAGGUGAACGAGAUGAGAUGCAGGACACUCAUGUCAUCAUCGACGAUCUGAUGAAAUAUGCAAAAAUAUCCGCUGCAGAACUAUACCGAUUAGCUUACUAUGCAGUAUUUGAUGGUCACUCAGGGUCCAGGGCCUCCAAAUUUUGCGAGAAAAAUAUGCACAAGUACAUUGUCGACCAAAUUCAGAAAGGAGAUCUAUCACAAUUAGAGAAAGACGUAAAAAAGAUACUGACUGAAAGCUACCGAAAAACGGACGAGGAUUUUCUCAAAGAGGCCACAAAGCAAAAGCCGGCUUGGAAAGAUGGUAGUACAGCAACUACGAUGCUGGUAGUAAAUAACAAUGUCUAUUUAGCAAAUAUUGGUGACAGUAAGGCAAUCCUGUGCCGUGAAAACGAAGCGAAACAAGUUGCGCUGACUUUAACCAAAGAUCACAAUGCUGAGGUGUAUGAGGAGCGGAUGAGAAUUCAAAAAGCUGGCGGUGUUGUCAGAGAUGGCCGCGUUAUGGGUGUGCUAGAGGUGUCGAGGUCAAUAGGAGAUGGUCAGUUUAAAAAGCAAGGAGUCACAUGUCUUCCUGAUAUAAAAAGAUGUCAGCUUACUGAAAAAGACAAAUAUUUAGUGAUAGCCUGCGAUGGUCUGUGGAAAACGAUGACCCCCGAUGAGGUUAUGAAAAUAGUACAAGAGGUCAAGGACACUUCACAACAGACAGAGUGUCGGAGUUCAGAGGAUGGCUUCUGGGACGCAGUAUGUAAUAGACUUGCGAAUGAAAGCGUACGGAGGUUGAGUGGAGAUAACGUGACUGUUAUUAUAAUCAGCAUCAAACCGAAGUGAACACUCUCGUCUUCUGCUCAUAGUCUCCCUUGAAGAACUAUAUGGGUUCACUUCACUUGGAGAAUGUUUUCUGCAACAGCAUAGUUUCAAAUGGAUGUUUCAUCAUGGCGUAUUCAAUUCAUGUUAUUGUUGUCUCUCAUUCAGUGUAGUAAGCUUCAUGUUAAUAAAUAGAUUUCGAAACCUUGAA